GUCGCGACGAAACCGGGGCACGGGCGAGAGCGCGACUGACGGCGAGCGACUGACGCCGACGAAUCGAUGGCGAUCAAAAUAUAAAACCACCCAAAGGACGAGACAAAUCACGAUCGUAGAACAUACAGCAGUCGCAGGCAGGAUUAGACCGUGAUUGUUCAGCGGGGAGCGCGAUUUGAAUCUAUUAAUUUUAUCCUGUUGCGCUUGACGAUAUGAACUGGCCGUGAACAGUCACAAUGGCGGAAACGGAGGCAACGGAGCCAAGAACAGGUCCAGACGACAAAGAACUGGAAGAGAUUAUAAAACUUACUUGGGGUGACCAAGCACGCCAAGACAUAUUCCAACGAUGGACCCAAGGUUUUUGUUUCAGUGUCGACGAACCGACGGCGCUGGUGCAAUUUGAAGGCGGACCUUGCGCUGUAUUAGCACCGAUGCAGGCAUACAUUGUCAAGUAUAUUGUCAACAAUAAGUCUGUCGAUGAUGAUUGGAAAAAAGCCGAAGUUGAGGAACAAAACCAUCUUCUGUGUAAGGCCGCCUGUGAUAUCCUUUGCCAAGCAACAGAAGGCUGUGAUAUUUUGAAAUUUGUAUAUAUUGAUGAUAAAGCGGUGUGCCUGGAACACAGUCAGUUUCAUUCUAUGCUUAAAGUAGAACAAGUGAAUAAGGAUAGUAUUGAAACUUUUUUUAACGACCAUAUUAGUUUGUUACGUAACACAUUCGGAGUUUUGUUAUUUUUGUAUACAGUCAUGCGCUCUAAGGGUUUAGUCAAAUUAAAAGAAGAAAUAUGUGAUUUAGAUGUGUCAUUGAUUGAUAAAGAAUUUGGCUAUGGUAGCCAAAGCUUAAUCAAUAUGAUGAUUACAGGACAAGCCGUUUCUAACGUAUUUAAUAACGAUCAAGUAGUAGCUGGGCUUAAAUUGCAAGGUAUUGAAAAGCAAAGUGAAGUUGGAUUUAUGACCUUAUUAGAACAUUUAAGGUACUGUCAAGUUGGAACUUAUUUAAAAAAUCCAUGUAACCCAAUCUGGGUGUUGGGCAGCGAUACACAUCUUACUGUGCUGUUUUCAUUUGAUCAAAACUUGGUGGGCAAAGAAACACAAGCUGAUAUUGCUAGACGGACAUUUAAGUUGUUUGAUCAAGAUGGCAAUAAUUUCAUUAGUACUCAACAUCUAAAGCCAUUAUUGGAAAAAUUAGACCUUGUAUCUGAUGAUGAAUAUGUAAAUCUGAUGUCCACAAAAUUGGAUUCCGAAGGGCUUGGUAUCAUAUUAAUGCCAUCGUUUAUGGAAGAAUUUUUUUCCGAACAAGAAACCAGAACUCCAGAUGUUUUUGUGUUAUUUCAUUACAACGGACAACCGAGAUCCAAUUCUAAUUCAAAGGUGACAUAUUUAGAAGGUAAUGCUAUAAUCCAGGAAUCUGAUGUUAUAUGCAUAUCUGAGGACAACAACUUGCAAUCUUGUUUACAAUCUAAGUGGUCAUCCAUUGAAAUACAAUGGAAAGGAAAUGUAACACCUUCAAUUAAUUAAACUUAAAUGUCUGAAAAAAAUACAAUUACUAAAUGUAUGGGUGAUUUUAUUAAAAAAAUCUCAUUGAGACUAUUACUAAACUUUAAGAAUUGUAACACAACUUUGACUAAAAUAGUAAAAUUGUAAUACUAAAAACUUUUUCCUUUGAUAUUAUACUGAUUUUUUUUCAAAAUUAUAUUAUUUUGCUAAGAUUUUUCAUUACAUUGUUGGACAUUUUUUAUUAUACAUUUUUCAAAUCA